GUAGAAUCGUGCAACAGCAGCAGCAUCGCCAUCACUUGCGGUCGUCUGGUUUCUGUUUUGUCCCGUGCUAAACUUUCCAUUCAAAGAAUGAAUUUCCUAAGAAAGACGAUCAAACUCUGUCCGAGCCUCGCAGCGCGGACUCAAGCGUGCCGGUCUCUCCGCACAAGUCGGUCCCUGCGCUACCCGCUCAUACCGAUCGUGAUCGAGCAGACUGGCCGCGGAGAGCGGGCCUACGACAUCUACAGCAGGCUGCUCAAGGAACGGAUCGUGUGUGUCAUGGGCCCGAUCACGGAUGAGAUGUCAAGCCUGGUUGUGGCACAGCUGCUGUUCCUACAGUCGGAGAGCAACAAGAAGCCCGUGCACAUGUACAUCAAUAGCCCAGGUGGGUCGGUAACGGCGGGUCUAGGCAUCUACGACACAAUGCAGUACAUCAUGCCACCCAUCGCAACCUGGUGCAUUGGCCAGGCCUGCAGUGCUGCCAGCCUGCUGCUGUGUGCUGGCACACCAGGAAUGCGCCAGUCCCUGCCAAACUCGCGCAUCAUGGUCCACCAGCCAUCUGGGCACGCUGCCGGUCAGGCAACAGACAUCCAGAUUCAUGCUGAGGAGAUCCUGAAGUUGAAGAGGACCAUCAACAUAAUCUAUGCAAAGCACACCAAGCAGCCCCUGGAGACCAUAGAAAGCGCCAUGGAGAGAGAUCGGUUCAUGAGUGCCAUGCAGGCCAAGGAGUUUGGCAUCAUCGACUCCGUCCUCGAACACCCACCAACGAUCGAUGCGCCUACCGAGACAAGCUAGCCCACGUCAAGCUCAUCAGACAUGCUUCUGUACAUUUGUAACAAUUUUCACACACUGAGAGCAGUAAAACGGAGAACAACUGUUCACAGCAGCCUCUUGUUU